CAUUGCAGGUCCUUCCUUAUUUAAAACUCAACUAACUAACACAAAAAGAAAUAGAUUAUCAGUCUAGCCCCCAAGAAAUCAAGAAUCAUGCUAAAGAUGGAGAUUAACGGUGGCACUUCGGCUGCUACACCUACUGCCUCCGACGUCGCCAUCCCCGUCGCUGCCGUUUCAGAAACAACCACUCCCGUCACCUCUCCUUCUCCCACUUCUUCACCUCCGCCGCCUCUUUCGCCGCAGCAGCCGCCACAACCGCCGGUGGUGCUAAGCCCUUGUGCGGCUUGCAAGAUUUUGCGGCGGAGGUGUGCUGAUAAAUGUGUUUUGGCGCCGUAUUUUCCUCCAACGGAUCCGGCGAAGUUCACAAUCGCCCACCGUGUGUUCGGAGCUAGCAACAUUAUUAAGUUCUUGCAGGAACUUCCGGAAUCGCAGAGAACCGAUGCGGUUAAUAGCAUGGUCUAUGAAGCGGGAGCUAGGAUGAGAGAUCCGGUUUAUGGAUGUGCGGGUGCAAUUUACCAUUUGCAGAGACAAGUGAGUGAGCUUCAAGCACAACUUGCAAAAACGCAAGUAGAGCUAGUGAGCAUGCAACUCCAAAGAUCGGAUCUACUUGCAUUGUUAUAUAAAAUGGAGCAAACAAAGUUAUUAGCACAAGAGCAAGGACAACAAAAUAUGUCGUUUGAGAGUUCAUUUGAAAGUGGUGAUGAGUUCAUUAGUAGCCCCGACGAAGUGGUGAUGAGUUCAUUCGGAUUCCUUGAGGAGGACAACAACAACAACAACAACAACAACAAUAAUCCAUUAUUGUCGUGGUGGGAUCCUCUUGAGACAUGAUUAUAACUUAUGGUAUUAUUAGCUCACUUUAAAGCACUUUAGUGGUUACUUCCAUAUGCAUGUUGAAGACCUAGGAUAUGAUAUAUGGGGAGUUUUUUUUUUAUUUAUCUUAGUCAACCAAUCAUAUGUAAGCACGUAACAAAACUGCUACAACCAAUCUUGGUAUAAUG